CGGGAUCGUUAUUGUAAUGUAAAUUCAACUUCCGUCGGAGCGGAAAGUUCUUUUCAUUUUUUCAUGGAUUAUCAUUGCAAAUUGAUAUAUAACCGAAUAUUGGAAAUGAUAUCGUAAUACGUUAAUCACGUUGUUUUGUAAAUUAUCACAGCACAAUGACAGAAGAAAGCAGAAGAUCUACUGCGGCGCAGUUCUUCAUGGAUGAGGAAAAUACGCACACGGCGUCUGUAUCUACAUACGACAAGGUGGUAGAACUUGUUAAUCAAGCUUCACUCGUGCAGAAGGAUACACAGAAAAUCAACAUUCUAAGACAGGUCCAGGAAUUAAUAAUUCAUAAAGAUCCAACAUUAUUAGACAACUUCUUAGAUGAAAUGCUUGCAUUUCAAAGCGACCGAUCUGCUGAAGUGAAGAAGUACGUCAUCACAUUCAUGGAGGAAGCGUGCAAAAAAGAUCCAGAGUUGUUAAACAAGAUGCUGCCUUGUCUCCAGAUUCUGCUACAAGAUGACAGUGUCAACGUACAGAAGAAAGUCAUUCUGUCUCUCCCACAAGUCUACAAAGUCAUUAUAAAGUGGCUAGCUAAGGCAAAAACUAUAACGGAGGAGAGGUCGUUUGUGUGGGAGACAAUGAAGUCGCUAAAGAACAGAAUGUUUGAGCUGAUAGACUCGGAAAAUGAUGGAAUAAGAACUCAUGUCGUCAAGUUCAUGGAGGGAGUCAUCCUAGUAUUAUCCCGGAAAACAGCAGAAUCUGAGAUGCCAAAAUCUUCCAAGCCUGAAGCUGAUGUAACAUUGGAAAUUGUUCCAGAAGAUAACAAGAUCCUGAAACUGAAGCGUCUGGAGGAGCAGGGAAAACAAAUGUUUGACACACUCCUACAGUUCCAAGCAUCGCCUCACAUAUCCAGUAUAAAUUUAAUGACAGUCAUGGGAAGCUUGACCACCAUUGCCAAACAGAGGCCAUUCUUCUUUGGAAAAGUUGUGCAGUCUUUUGAAACUCUACAGGUGAAUCUACCACCCACCCUGGCAAAGUCUCAAGUGAGCAGCGUCCGUAAAAAUAUGAAGAUGCAUAUGUUGUCGCUACUGAAACACAAGGCAUCUGUGGAUUAUAUCACGCAGAUUACUACUCUUCUUACGGACUUAGGGGCCACAAACUCAGAGGUAAUGAAGAACAUGCCAAAGAUUGACGAGAGUAGGAAGAGGAAAGCAGAGGAACCUGGGGGGUCCACAAAGAAAGCCAAGAUUGAAGCAGAGAUGGAGUUGGAUGACGAUGAUGCUGGGAUGACACCUUUUGUGGACCGUUCUAAAGUUAAAGCUCCUGCCACAUUAAAACAGAGACAGACAGCAGUAGACAUCACAGCAGAGGACAUCAUCCCCCGUCUGAAUCCGCAGAAUGUCGCAGAUCUUGUCCUCAUCAGCAUGGUAAUGUUGCCAGACCAACUUCCUCCCCACUUUCAAGCGACGUACACCCCUAUUGCUGCAGCAGGGACUGAGGGACAGAUCAAACACAUGGGUAGACUUCUGGCCAAUCAACUGACCACAGCAGGAAUGGGAAAGGGUAUUGCAGAGGUCCAGCUAGAGGAGGCUUCCGAAGAGGAUGGGGGAGCAUCUCCGGAGUACCAGCCUACAUCUCCCAAACAGGUUAUCCAGACUGUCGUAGGUGGUCUGACUGAGCCGCUGGCAGCCUCAUCCUCCAAGAUGGCCAACGUUCCAGCAGCUCCCCAAAUCCGUUCCGUGAGGACAGGAAUCAAGCAGUUCAAGCUUUCAUCUGUAACCACAGACAUGGACAGGGACAAGCUGGAUGAAAUGACCAUUGCCUCAGUGAAGAGAAUUUUAGAGGCUGAGAAGAGUGCAUCUUUAGGAAAUGCCCUUUCAGCCAGAACCAAGUUGCUCACGAGUUUGGUAUCACAGUUUGGAGGAGAACUGAAAAAUUUGUUACUGGAGUAUAUAUUUGACGAUCUUCGUAAUCGGGCGGAUCUAGCAUUUGCAUGGUUGUAUCAAGAGUAUGCAAACUGUCAGGGAUUCUGUGCAUCCAAUCUGCGAAACGAGCGGUCAUCCUUGGCAAGUUACGACGAAUGUCUGACCAGGCUUCUGUCGGGCCUGUUGGAUCGGACAGAACUCGGCACCAAAGAAGGAUUUUUUCAUCGUUUGAUUUUGGAGGCUCCAGCUAUCACAGACAAUGCAAUUCAGAUCCUGAAGAAAUAUUGUACUGACAAGGAGCGAGUGGAGAGUGGGAUUAACACUCUACGUCAGCUGAUCCUCACGAGACCCGCCCACCGACUGCGGUACCUGGAGGUCCUACUGAUGUCCUGUCAUCAUGACAUGCCAGAUGUCAGGGCCACGGCCAUCCGCUGCAGUAAACAGCUGUAUGAGAAGGGACACAUCAGACCCUAUAUAGAGCAAUAUGCCUCAAAGAUGUUGAAGAAUCUUUUGUUAACAAAACCACCAACAGAAAUGUUAGGCAAAAGUAAAAAUGAUCCUGCUUUACAAAUGUGGACUGAGGACACCAUUAAGAUGUGUCUGUUCCUGUACCUCGGCCUGCUACCUAACAAUCACAAGCUCAUCCACCAAUUAGCCAUGGUGUACACCUCUGCUGGAGCAGACAUUAAGAGAAUCAUCCUCAGGGCGCUAGAGAAUCCCGUGAAGGGAAUGGGAAUGAAGUCACCAGAACUGUUGACACUAGUGGAAAGCUGUCCUAAAGGAGCAGAAACAUUGGUCACUCGAGUCAUCCACAUCCUCACUGAUAAAGCUUCUCCAUCCCCUGAGCUGGUGGAGAGAGUUCGUGACCUCUAUCAUAAACGCGUGCCAGAUGUCAGAUUCCUGAUACCUGUUCUCACAGGACUCUCAAAGGAUGAAGUUAUACAAGCCUUGCCAAAACUGAUCAAGUUGAACCCCAUUGUUGUCAAGGAAGUAUUCAACCGUCUGCUGGGUGGUCAUAGCGACGCUAAUUACACAUCUCCUCUCACCCCAGUGGAUCUGUUAAUAGCGCUGCACAACAUAGACCCAGCCAAGUGUGACAUGAAAACAAUCAUCAAAGCCACCAAUCUGUGCUUUAGUGAGAAGAACAUCUACACACAGGAGGUCCUGGCUGUGGUGAUGAAGACGCUGAUGGAACAGGAACCUCUGCCCACGCUCUUCAUGAGGACAGUCCUCCAGUCUCUGUCAAUGUAUCCCAGACUGAUGGGAUUCAUCCUGAACAUCCUGCAGAGGCUCAUUUCUAAAGAGGUAUGGAGGAAUAAGAAAGUUUGGGAAGGAUUUAUCCGCUGUUGUCAGAAGAUGAAGCCCCAAUCCUUUGCAGUUUUACUACAGCUGAAGUCCGCCCAGCUAAAGAGUGUGUUUGAGAGCUGUCCGGACCUCCGGGAGCCUCUGCUGAAUCAUGUCAACUCCUUCGCUCCGAAUCAGAAAGCCCACUUACCCAAGUCCGUGAUUGCGGUGCUGGAGAGCCCGCCCGAUUUGACCCCCACCCUGUCGCAGUUGGAAGUUGUGCCAGCCACGCCUGUCCCCACUCCGCUUACUCCCACGGUCCUGACACCCUCAGCACCACAAGUUACUGCAGUGAAGGUCGAAAACAACCCUGUUCCCAUGGAGACGCAGUCCAUACAGACGGUCCAAUCCAUUCAGACUAUUAGCUCAGUCUUAGUUCAGGUGAAGCAAGAGCCCCCUGAAGCGGAAGACCUGACCAGACAGGUAACGGAAAACAGAGAGCGACGGGAGUCACAGGGCAGGGCGUUAUCAGAGAGUGAAAGGAAGGAAACACCAUCCAGGAAAAGAUUGACUAAAAAGAGGUCAACAGAGGAUAAAGCUGAGGCUGACAUGGAUGAGAUGGACUCCCCUGAGGAUGCCCUCGCUAUCGCAGAGGAGGCCAUGGACACAUCUGUCACCAGUGACCUGCAGGCCGAUAAGUCACAAGAAUCAGCAGGCGCUACCUCUGCAAAGACUACAAGGACCAGAUCGAAGACAUCGGAAUCCAGGUCAUCGGGGUCAAGGUCAUCUGAGGUCGAGACUCGACCCAGAAGAAGUACAAGGUCUCGGAAAUAAGUCUUUUAAUGCUGGAUUUGCAUAAAGGCAUUGUUAAAUAUGUGAAGAAUUUUUUUUAAAGUACAGUGUAUUUUCUGUAGUUAUUACUGUUUAAGCUUGACUGAAACUUUUUAAAUUUGUGAUCUAGAAAAUAUCACAUGUGAAAAUAAAGGCAAUCUUAUAACAGAC